CCUCAGUAGCUGCAGCCAUCCGAGCAGAUGGUUGUACUGACCAACAUUAUCGGACAAACACUGGCGGCAUUGGGCUCUAGUCCACUUUUCUUAUACAUUUAGGGCGUUUCCUCUUUUGUUCUUUGCCAUUUUGAAACUUUGUGUGUGGAUUUCUUUUUCACCAUUAUCUGCGUUCUUGCUUUGUUAUACUCGGAGGCUCUUUAGAUUGCAUUCUUGUAUUGUUUUUCUUUCUCAUUUUCAUUCAGGUCUCUGCAUUACUUUCUCUCUUCAAAUUUGUUAUUAUGCUCAUAUAUAGCAGCUCAUUAGAUUCAUGCCUAUUUCCCUCUACUGUUCUUUAAUGGUAUUUGGCUCUGGAGAUCCCUUGGGUCCGCGCUGUCAACCAGUGAAUGUCAACAGAUCUUUUGCGCACCACCACAUCAUCUGGAGAUUCACUAAAUCACAAAUCUCCCUAUCUUUUCCUCUUUCUCGUUUUUGUUCUUCUCCACUCCUUGUAAAAAUUCUGUUUCUUCUUGUUCACCUAUUUAGUCUCAACUCAUUUCUCACUUCCUUCCCUUUCGUGACGGUAUACUCCAACAUCGCGUCAUCGCACACUUUAUCUCAUCGCUCUCUUAUAUCCAACAUCCACAACAGCGAUACAGCAGGGGCUUGGGGUGAUUAGAGGCCUAAGCGAGCCAUCAUGUCCUCUCCGCUUCGUCCCCAGUUCUUUUGUGCCCGUCCAAAUGGCACUAUCACCCCCCUCAUUGCUGUUGAUGAGCUUCCUUCCCAUAUAUCGAUUCGUGGAGUCCCUCGUACACUCUCCGCCAACGAGACCCAGGGCAUGACCAGCUUAGGCACUGUGAGUCCAAGAGCGCAAACCUACGUCAUCGAUGGCCUGGUGCCAGCGUCGACCCGCGCGUCUUCUGGCCCUCGUUCCCGUGACUUGGACCUGCAGGCCUCCCUCAUGAGACUCGUCUCUGAUGAGAAUGUUCCGGCAAACCAGCGCCUCGCCGUGAAUGCCCUCCUUCAGCAGGGUAUUUCCCAGAACUGGUUCAUGUCCAACGCUCCGACCAGUGGUUGGUUGGUUCCUAGCAGCAGCGGUGGCACAGGUAGCGGAAGUUCGAGGCAGAGUGCUCAUUACAACUCGAAGAAAGAGUUUUGUUCGUACUGGAUCCGUCAUGGUGAAUGCGAUUAUCAGCAGCAAGGUUGUCUCUAUAAGCACGAGAUGCCAAAUGACCUCCCCACCUUGGAAAAACUUGGCCUUCGGGAUAUUCCUCGUUGGUACCGCGAAAAAUACGGCAUUCCCAGCCUCCUGCCCAAUGGACAUGGCCACCCACGUUCUCACGCCAGUCAUGGUCAACACUGGAAGGAUGAUCCUGUGGAGCGUGGCGCUAUGAAGUCGAUUCAGUACCCUUCACGUUUGGAGAUCAACGGCGCGAUCGAUUCCUCGGAUAUCGAAAAGGCUUCUAAGCAGAAGGCUGCUCAUUAUAUUUCUACUCAGCAACAUGCUACGGGGGCUUCUGGACCAUCUCGCCACGCCUGUCCUGCCGCGAGCUCACCAAAGGCCUCGACCAACCCUAAGCAUGCGCACAAGCAUAUCCCAGUCCCGGUUAAUUCAGUGUCUAGAAGGAUAGACCUCCUUUCUUUUGAUCCCCUUCCAGAAUAUCCGGCCCUGAAUCAUAUGGGGGGAGGUAUGAGUGGCCUGCCUUACCCAAGUCCUACCGAUCAAGCCGCCAUUGAGAACGCUGAUAGGGCUCAGCACGAGGAAUUUGUCCGUAACCUUCACUCGCUUAUGCCAGCUCCCAUAGGUACAAGUGCCGACUACCUAUCAGCUUCCUUUGAAGGCACCCCGACCCAACCUCGCUCCAAAAAAAGCCAAAAGUCACGCCGUCUCUAUCAACCCCGGUCCCAAAUGAUGAUGCCCGAUAUGAGCAUGGAAAGGGGCGAGGCUGAUUCCUUCGUUACCUAUCAUAGUCAUGCGACUGCCUCUCCCGGUGCGGUAUCGGCCAUCUCUAAGGAUACGCCCACCACUCUGUUGACGAGCCCUAUCCCUGACCCUACUCAUAUGGGCGCCGCGUCCUCAGAGCCUCCGACUCGGGGUGCCUCUCCAUCGACCCAUUCUGGAGCCUCGUUCUCCUCUGGAUCCAGCCCUCGAGCUCAUCGCAGUCAGUUCAAGGGGAAAGAUUCCGGAACGAUGCAGGCACCCAUCGGCACCAAGCAAGUCCACCGCAACAGAUCCACCGGAUCCCCAAUCAAGUAUGAAUUCUAAGCCGAUGUAUUGGGGCAUUUGCAGUAAAUACCACAGCGAAAAGAUCUACCUUGUCCUCCAUCCUCCAUGUACGAUCAUCAACUGAAACUCGUGCUGGAGCUUCCUUUGUCCCCUUUUCCCUCUAUUUUAUGACUUCGACCAU